GAGAGUCAGUAGUCACUAGUCAGUCAGUCUGGUCUGGUCGCGAGUGUCAUGUGCUGGGGACAUUAACACAUUCAACACUAGGCUACUGUAAACAUUGGAAACAGAAUGAAAGGAGAUGCCGGGCUGCUGUGUGGUCUUGGACCUUGGAGGCCAUCCUGGUUACAGAAGUUCAACUCUUCCAAAGGCUUCCUGGUGGUGUACGGACUCCUGGGCACCAUCCAGGCCAUGUCCUACAUCUACUUCGUGGCCACUCUCACUACACUCGAGAAGAGGUUCAAGAUCUCCAGUAAAACCACAGGUCUGAUGAUGUCAGGUAAUGAGAUCAGUCAGGUGCUUCUGUCUCUCAUCCUCUCCUACUACGGAGGCCAGAGGAACCGUCCGCUGUGGAUCGCGUGGGGUGUCGCCUUCUCUGCAGCCUCCUGCUACAUCCUCGCUAUGCCUCACCUCCUCUACGGCCCAGGGGAGGACGCCCUAGCUCUCACCAAGGAGUACACCAACACAUUUAACUCAUCUUCAUCAUCUAAGGAUCAGGCAUCCCUGUGCGUGAGAGGGGAGGAAGGCGGAUCACAUUGUGAAUUACCCGUGGGUGGAGAGUUCUCAAAUAUCCCUGCACUGCUGGUAUUUUUCUCUCAAUUCGUUCUGGGAAUCGGAACAACGCUCUACUACGCUUUGGGACAAACCUACCUUGAUGACAACACCAAGAAGUCAAAAACUCCUUUGCUUUUAAGUCUCACAAUGUCCCUGAGAACGAUUGGACCAGCAAUUGGGUUCAUCGUAGGUUACGGAUGCCUCAGACUCUACAUAGCACCGACUCUAACUCCCAUCAUAACCAACAAAGAUCCUCGAUGGCUAGGAGCUUGGUGGCUGGGUUGGCUUAUCCUGGGAACUGCAAUGUUGCUGUUUUCAUUUCUCAUUGCAAUGUUCCCCAAGAAGAUGCCUCCAAGCAAGAGCAAAGUGGGAGUGAUUAAACCCGCAGACAUCACCUUAGAAACUGUCCGCAAGACAGAAAAAGAAGUAGAGUUCAAAAACGGAGUCUCCAGAGAGAAACUGGUGACUGAAGUGGAAAGCGAAGCACCUCCAACCUUGAAAGAGUUCCCAGCAGCACUAGCUAGAUUGCUGAGGAACAAGUUGCUGAUGGCCAACAUCCUGUCUGGAGUGUUCUACAUCCUGGGAGGCUCAGCCUACAUCACAUACAUCACUAAAUACAUGGAGAUUCAGUUCCACCAAUCGGCUGCCGGGGCCAGCUUCAUCAUAGGGCCAACAGCAAUUUUGUCGAUGACCUCAGGAUUCCUCAUAUCAGGAGCAGUGAUUUCAAAGUUUAAACCCAGACCCACGUACCUAUUAGGAUGGAAUGUACUUGUCGGCAUUUCCUUCGUCAUCGGAGAACUGUCCUUCAUCUUCCUCAGUUGUGAGGACAGUAGUAUGGUUGGCUUCAGGGGAGAGAACGAGCUGCCCCUGAUAAACGAGUGCAAUAACAACUGUGGCUGUAACAGUCUCAAGUUCAGUCCCGUGUGUCUAGAGCAGGCUCAGCUGAGUUUCUACACAGCGUGUCACGCAGGCUGUCAGCAAGCAGACUACUCAGCUUCACCCAUUACAUUCACCAACUGCUCCUGUAUCCCAGAUGACGUCUUGUCAUCAGUGUCUGGCAGAAAGGAUGAGAUUGUGCUCAAGACAGGAGCUUGUAGAACCAACUGCUACUACAACUUUGUCAUAUUCAUAGGCAUCACCAUGGUCAUGCACAGUCUCGGUAGUUCAGGGAAGAUAGGGAACGUUCUAGUCAAUUACAGAGCGGUGGCUGCAGUAGACAAAUCCUUCGCUCAAGGGCUCGGCCUGCUGAUGGUCAGUCUGUUCGCCUUCAUCCCAGGCCCAAUACUUUACGGAGCGAUGAUAGAUUCUACUUGUCUGGUUUGGGAUGAGACUUGUGGCAGAAGAGGCAACUGUUGGCUCUACGACAAAUACAGGCUACGUUACUCACUAAACGUGACUUCAGCUUGUUUAACACUGAUUGGGGUCCUGUUUGAUGCGUUGGUGUGCUAUCUCGGUGGAGACCUGAAGCUGUACGAAGAUGAGGAAGAUUCAAACAAAAACUCAUUAAACUCAACAGUAAAUGGAAAACAUGAAGUUUUACCACCCAAUGAUAAGCCUGAAAAGGCGUAACUGUGAUAUUUUUUUACUGUGUUUGUAUGAUUGUACCUGGACUUAAAAAAUGGAUUUGCGUUUGCAUGUAGGUUUUACUACUUUUUAGAAGUUUGACAUUCAAGGCUACAUAGCAAAAACUCUUUAUUGGGAUAUUACCAUAGACUAACCAACACAAGUAGACUUCUCAUCCCAUUGUAAAUUUUGAAGCACUUUUUCGUGUCUAGUUCAUGUGCGUGACACAAAGGCGCUAGUGUCGAUGAAACUUUGUUUCCAUUAUUUUAGGGUUAAUUUCUUGAUUUGCGCUUUACUGUUUGGUUAUAUAACUAGGGGACAAGUUAUUGUUUAUGAUUAGAUCGUAUUAUUUGGUUAAACGAGGUUUUAAAUGGCUGUAAUAACGGGAAACAAAUUGUAAACAAAACACGACCUCUACAUAAACCGUACAUGAACUAACAAUAAAAUUGUCUUCAGCUGUUCCAUAAGGAUGAGAGAUCUACUAAGGGAGUAUGUUUUAUCUAUGAUAUUACAAUCACAAUAAAGGGUCAUAAUCUAUUUGUAAAAAUUACCAAAAUUAAAAACUUGUUUUUAACAACCAUCUCAACACAUUCCAUGUACAAUAAUUUAACUGUUUUAAAAAUGUACUUAAGAUAACUGUGUUAACCUGUAAAUAAUUAUCUGUAAAUAUUUGUUGAUUUAUGUAGACUAGUAUUUAGCUGUAGUUCAAGAAUCGUAAAAUUA